UCCGGCCUAUGAAACAGGGAAUAUUUUCUCUCCAAAACCCUAAUUCUUUAGUUCUUAAAACCCUAAACAACACAAAACCUUGAUCCCCUCUCCCCCCUUUAUACUCACAGAGAGCAAGUAGAAAUUGGGUUUUUGAUCAAGCCACUUUAGGGUUUUUAAAAUGGUGGCUGAUAAGGGUAAGAAGCCCAAGGUCGGAGUGAAAAUCGAGGAGGAGGGCGCUGAGCAAAUUGAUGGGGAGCUUGUUCUAUCUAUUGAAAAGUUGCAGGAGGUCCAAGAUGAGCUCGAAAAGAUUAACGAGGAGGCAAGUGAUAAAGUCUUGGAAGUGGAGCAGAAAUAUAAUGUGGUCCGGAAGCCAGUGUACGAUAAGCGGAGUGAAAUAAUAAAAUCAAUUCCUGAUUUCUGGCUGACUGCUUUUCUGAGUCACCCUGCUCUAUCUGAUCUUCUAUUUGAAGAAGACCAAAAGAUAUUCAAGCAUCUAACCUCUCUUGAAGUCGAAGAUUUUAAAGAUGUGAAGUCGGGUUACUCAAUCACGUUUCACUUCAGUCCAAACCCUUACUUUGAGGAUACAAAACUCAUAAAAACGAUGACCUUUCUUGAUGAUGGAACGACAAAAAUUACCGCCACACCGAUCAAGUGGAAAGAGGGCAUGGGCCUUCCAAAUGGAGUUGCACAUGAGAAGAAUGGAAAGAAGCGGUCCCACGAGGAAGACAGCUUCUUUAGCUGGUUUAGUGAAACCCAAAGCAAAGAUGAUGUUGAAGACGUUCACGAUAGUAUUGCCGAAUUGAUUAAAGAGGAUUUAUGGGUUAAUCCUCUUACGUAUUUCAACAAUGAUGCCGAUGAAGAGGAUUUUGGUGACGAAGAUGAUGAGGAGGAUAUUGGCACAGACGACUCUGAAGAGAACUGACUGAAUGUUUUGGUAAAGUUUUCGGCUCUAGGUCGAUAACGGUAGGUUUAUA